ACCCCCAACAAACUACCAAAAACGAAAAAAAACGUAACAAAUCCGCACAGCCACACGCCACGCCACGCCACGGCCACCGCCGCCGCGCGACGCGACGCGAACCCGGAGAAAACGGGGGCGAAGGAAUCCGCCACCGCAAUGGAGGCCGCGGCCUCCCCGUCGCCGCCCCCUUCCAGGGCGUCGCCGCUGCGGCUCAACCCGGCCGCGUUCCUCCUCCGCACCACCACCACCACCACCACCGUCCAGCCGACCACAUCUGCCGACGCGCCCCCGCCCCCGCCGCCGACGCGGCAGACGGCCGGGGUCGACCGGCUCAUCUCGUUCCUCUCCUCCCUAAUCCCCCGCCGCGGGCAGCGGGCGAAGCAGCCGACCAGCCCCCCUCCCACCGCGGCGGCGGCGGCGGCGAUGCGGAGGGCGGCGGAGAGGGAGGCAGAGGCGGAGCGGCAGCUGGUGGGGUGCGCGGUGCCGCUGUUCCGGCCGUACGUGGCGCAGCUGCCGUGGCACGGCGGCGCGCGGGCGUGGCUGUCGCGGAUGUUCCCGCGGUACGGGCACUACUGCGGCCCCAACUGGUCGAGCGGGAAGGAGGCCGGGUCCGUGCUCUGGGACCGCCGCCCCGCCGACCACCUCGACUUCUGCUGCUACUGCCACGACAUGGCCUACGACACCCACGACCAGGCCCAGCUCCUCCGCGCCGACCUCGCCUUCCUCCGCUGCCUCCAGAGCAGUCGCCAGACCCCCGCCCGCGACGGCAUCGCCGCCGCCGCCAUCUACCGCUCCAUGUGCAUCUUCGGGCUCAAGACGAUACUGAUACCGUACCGUACGAACCUGGUGCGGCUGCAAACCGGGCCGAAUUACGCCGACGCCUUCGCCGAUUUCGUCAAGAGGGUCGCCUCGUCGUCGGGGAGGCCGACCGGUGGCAACAAGCAGAGAAUGUGAGAGCAUUUGUGAUCACAAUGGCGCAGGAUGAAUCCAACUAAUUGGAAUUGGAUAUUCAGCCAUUCAGGUCGUCGUAGUAGUUGUGUAUAGCUCAAGUUUUGAUUCGAACCCGGCGAGGCGGCGUCGCGGCGAGGGGAUUGUUUGUAUCCUGUUCUAAUGGGUAUUAGUUGAUGAGAAUCUUGGGAUCUUCACUGUGAAUAUAGCUUAGCACAUGAUUUAUUAUAUCAAAAUGUAGCCUCCCUUGAUAUCAAAAUUCAGAAUCAAUGGAUGCAAGUUUCUAUUUCUGAACCAAAAUGGAUGCAAGUUCUAUUUCUGAACCAAAA